AUGGAUCGUUUCUUAGUUAAAAAGAGAAGAAUAAGUUAUCAAGAGGAACAAGAUGUUGAGGAACAGUCUGGUUUGUCUCCGUCUCAUAACCUAAUGCCAGUUGAUGAACCUGCAGAGGAUCAACAAUCGACCUCGACAUCGGUUGAUAAUGUAAAUAGUUCUUCUCACGACAUUGGUUAUUAUUUACAAAACAUUUCAAGUUCAAAUGAUCACUCAAAGUAUAUUAUUUUAACUCAACACUGGACACCCGAAAAAACCUACCAAUUCCCUACGUCUUCUCACAUCAAAAGAGGACGUGAGGAGCUAAGGCGAGUGAAUCAUGGGCACUUCGAAAAAUACCCCUGGUUGGUAUUUUCCGAAUUCAAACAAGGGCUAUUUUGUAAAUAUUGUGCCGUUUUUUGCCACGGAAAGAAAGCUGGCGGUCAAAAUACAGUGCCUUUGAGAAAGUUAGUAUCCGAACCAUUGAAUAAAUACGCAAAACUUUCUGGAAAAGAUGGCGACCUUGAGUCUCAUAACUCUAAUGAGUAUCACAAGAAAGCUGAACUUGAUUCGAAAAACUAUAUAAAAAUCUUCGAAAAUCCUGACCUUAAAAUACUAAGCCUCUCUCUGCGUUAUGUAUAUCAAGAUGUCAUAAGAGAAGAUUUUGUUGGCUUUAUUGAUCUUCAUAAAGCCAACUACUCUCAUGUUGAUGUUGAUCCCGAAGUGGAACCUGUUAUAACAGGGGAAAUCCUAGGUCAGACGGUGGUGAAUUUUAUGAUAUUUUUGGGGUUAAAAACGAAUAAUUGUGUUGGAAUAAGUUGUGAUGGCUGUUCCGUCAACAUGUCUGAAAUGCGGGGUGCGGUUACAGAGAUACAAAAGGUGGCGACCAAUAGCAUUAUGUGUGGGUGUAAAAACCAUGCAUUGAACUUAAGCAUAUCCAAAUGUAAUAAGGUCCAACACGUAAGAAAUGCUCUAGGAACCAUCAAAGAAGUAACAAGCUUUUUCAACUCAUCAGGAAAAAGAAAUUCAGUUUUGAAAAAGGUGUUGGGACAUCAGAUGAGAGGCUAUUGUGAGACGCGUUGGGUAGAGCGUCACGAGGCUGUUUUAGAAUUCACAGAAGACAUGCCUAAAAUUGCGGAAGCUCUCAAAUGCAUAUCACAGUGGAGGGACAGCACAACGUCAAGUAAAGCCCGCGCUCUGUUGUGCUCAAUUUCAACUUGUGAUUUUAUCAUCACAAUGCAUUGCCUGAGUGACACAGCAGAUGUUACAUGUGGUCUUAGUAAAUAUCUACAAACAGAAGCUAUAGAUGUAUGCUCAGCCAAAAGUAAAAUUGACAAUAUGAUGAAAACCAUUCAGAAUAAAAGAGACAAGACCAACGAAUUCUUCCUUUUAAUUUUCAGUAGUGCUGAAAAAACCAUGGACGCGAUGGAUGUACAAAUGCGUGUCCCCAGAAUUGUACGGAAGCAAGUUAAUAGGCCCAACUACACACUAUUAACAGGUGACAACCAACGAUCACAAGUUUCAAAGUAUUGGGAAACUGCUGUUUACAUACCGAUUCUAGACAAUCUCAUAACUGAUUUGACAAGCAGAUUUUCAGACGAGUCUUUGGAUUGCUACAAGCUAAACAUUUUAGUUCCAUCAACGUUAGAUUCCGUGUCAAAUGUGAAAUCCAGCUUUGAAAGUAUUUGUGAUAAAUACUCUUCUGUAUUGUCAAUUAAAAAGGAAACAAUGCUAAUGAAGAUUUUGAAUGAGAUUUGCUCCCUAAAGAACAUGGUUAACUACAACGUCUUCAAAGAAAUCAGUACCCCUAUGACGUGUUUUCAAAAUCUUGAUGAGCACAACUACCCUAUUUUGAAGUCUUUGGUGCAGAUCCUGCUUACUUUACCAAUAUCAAUAGCAACAGCAGAGAGAUCAUUUUCUACGCUGAGGCGAUUGAAAAGCUGGAUGAGGACCAGAAUGACCGAAGACCGCCUGACCGGACUGGCUCUCAUGAAUGUUCACAGGGAUAUAGAAGUGGACAUUGGACAUCAAUAA